AACUGCGUGAUGCAAUUAAAAUGACUCUCUAGUGACGAGUCUCAAAUGUGCUGACCAUGAAAACACGAUCCAAGUAUAAAUUAGAUGUAUGAUCCAUAUCUCAGAUUUGUCGAUGUAUACUCAUGCAGUAAGAAAAGUAUAUUACAAAAUGCAUAAAAGUUUAAUUUUGCAAUGGUUUUUAUCCGGAGCUGCAUUUGCAGCUGCUCCAGGGUUUGUUAACUUGGAUUUAGUUUCGUCUUUGGGCUCCACUGGUGGAGCUCAGAACAAGGAUGUUGUCGCUACGGUAAAGUCAGGUGACGAAUUGUUAUUAACCGAACUCCAAAUCGGAUCUAAUAAGGACUCUGUAUUAGUUGCUAUUGAUACAGGUUCAGAAUACUUAUGGGUCAUGGAUUCUGAUGUAACCUGUGAAAGCAAGCCAAGCAAGAGAAAUGUGUUUGGGAAAAGAGAUGCUGUAGAUAUUUCCUUAAAAGACAAGCAAACCCAAAUGUUAACGGAACUUCGAAUCGGAUCAAACAGAGAUAAAGUUCAAGUAAAUGUUGACACGGGUUCAAGCAUAUUAUGGGUCAUGAGCUCCAAUGUUACGUGUGCCGAAAGCCCCCUUACUAAUAAAGCUCCAAAAUGUAAAGCUCAUGGAACAUUUUCAUAUCAAAAGUCUGAAAGUUUCAAUAACAAAAAGAAAAUGUUUAACGCAACAUACGCGGAUAAAGAAUCUGCAAUAGGUGUAUAUAGUACUGAUGACAUCAUUAUUGGUAAAGAUGUGGCUGUUAAAGGAUUUGAGUUUGGACUUGCUGUUUGGGCUUCACUGGAGGUUGGAAUUUUGGGGAUAGGUUUCCCAGAGGCAAAUUCUACUGGCCGAUCUCUUCCUUUCGAAUUGUCAAAUCAGGGAAUAACCAAUAGAAGUGCAUAUUCAAUAUUCUUGAAUAAACCUAAUAAACCUGGAUCAAUUCUAUUCGGAGCAGUUGAUCAUUCGAAAUAUUUAGGUGACUUACAAACAGUUCCCAUUGUCUAUAAUAAAACUUUCCCAGAAAUUAAAGUAAAUGUUUCGGGAAUAGAUAUUAAUAUCAAUGGUACCAAAGUAUCUGGAGGUAUUUCUGAAUCAGCAUUUGUUUUGGAUACAGGAACAGCUAAAUCACGAUUCCCCAACCUGGUUUUAGAUACAUUGCGUGAACAAAUAGAAGGAUCCGAAUAUUUGGAAUCUGAAUUCUUAUUUGGUUCUCCUAAUUGCUCUCAAAUAGAAAAUCUAAAAAUUGAGAUUAAGUUUGAUGGCAAGACAAUCACAGUUCCGGUAAAAGACUUAGGUUUUGAUAGAGAUGGAGAUGGAUGUACUUUUGAUAUCAUGUUUAAUGAUGAUGAAUUAAUUUUGGGAAUGGAUGUGUUACGAAGCAUAUAUUUCGUGGUUGAUUUAGACGACAAGGAAGUAUCAUUAGCACAAUCAGACUUCAGUAACGGAAAGCAAGAUAUUGAGGCAUUCCCACCUCCUGGUGUGAACAGAACGUUAGCUUCCAGAGGAAGAUCUGAACAGAAGGUAUCCUCAGCCAACUCGAUCGUUUCUUCCAUCGACACUUUACUCUGUUUAGCUAUUUUGUUGACCUGGUCACUUUAACAUGACUGUAACCCAAUCAAUUUUUUACAUAUUUGUUUUAUGAAUUAACAAUUACUUUAAGUUUCUGCGAAUCUAUUUGUAGAUGUAUUGAGCAAGUUAGAGCGAAGAACGUUAUUGAUGGUU